AUGUCUCCCCAACAGCAGCCCUGGAAGGCAGUCUGGCCCGCUCCUGCCACGGCUGUCGACCAGGCCCAGGUCAUCCCCGAGAGCCUUUCACGCGAGGAGAUGACCAACCAGCGCUCCUUUGGCAGCCAUGCCUCCAACACCAAGGGCCGUAUUGUGCAUUUCAAGAAGUAUUAUGAGUGA